ACAAUAGAGAGGUCUGCGCAGGGAAGGACAGGCAGCUGCUGCUGAUAGAAGGGCCGGAGCAGUCGGUAUCAGUGUAGGGGGGGAGCAGACAUCGUGCGGCUGGAUGUCUGCUCAGUGUGACUCCUAAGCUUUAUCUUAGUAGAGGGAAUAACAACGUACUCCUUAUCAGAAAGGAUCAGGUCAUGUGAUCUGUGGGUUCAUGUACAGUGUGUCUGGAUGGUCACUUAAAGCGUGAGAUUUCUUUUAGUCUGACCUUUAAACUUUGGUUAUCAGUCUAUUUACAGAGAGCGAAAGACCCUUAAGGAACGCUGAAGAAUACAAAAUGGGAAUACUGAACCUGAAUAAAACCGCUGAGAGAUGCACAAGCUGUCCUGAAGAGCUUACAAUCACUUUGGUGAAAAGAGACAUUGCAUCACAGUGCAUCGGCGAAGAUUGACAUCUGAUUCCUGUGUGCUUAAAGGCCAUAAAUAACCAAGACAUGAAACUAAAUGAGCGGAACCUGUUAUAUUAUGCAACCUGCAGCUCUCCAGUGGACAAAAGUGGCCACCUAUUGAAAAAGGGUGAGCGCAAUACAGCCUAUCAUAAACGCUGGUUUGUGCUAAAGGGUAACAUGCUUUUCUACUAUGAAAGUGAUGAAAGCAAAGAACCUGUUGGAGUAAUAAUACUAGAAGGAUGUCGAGUGGAGUUGUGUGAUUCAUCCGUGGAAUAUGCUUUUGCAAUAAAAUUUGAGCAUGCUAAAUCCCGGGCCUACAUCCUUGCUGCUGAAAACCAGGGUACUAUGGAAUCCUGGGUGAAAGCGCUCACUAGGGCAAACUUUGAAUAUUUACGGCUUGUUGUAAAAGAGCUCCAGAAACAGCUAGAAGAGGCCCAGAAAAGCCCUAAGCCGCCCCGUAAAGCUAUGGAUGGCACAGACAGAAAACUGUUAAAUCCCAGGUCUGCAGAUAAUUGCCUUCUGGAUCGGCCAGCAAUGAAGGACAAUGGCUGUGCUACAUGGAACAUAGUUAAAAGUGACUUAUGCAAUGGGUUUCCACAGGUUAAUGGACCAAAAGGUCCCAGCACAACAGAAACUCCAGAUGAUGUUUUGGGAGACAAUGUUCUUCACCAACCAAUGGUCCAUUCUAUGGAGGCUGAAGAUAACACAGAUGAGGAAUGCGCUUCUUCUGAGCUAAGGGACUUUAAAAAGACUAUUAGUUUCUCAAAGCUCCAUGCCUUGUUUGGCAAAGAAAUUGUGGAACUAAGAGCCAAGUGGGAAGAAAACCUUCAAAAAACUACUUUGGUCCAUGGAGACACUGUGCUGACAUGAUAAACCAGAGAAACUGCUUCAGGCAGGGUACUUAUUCCAAUUUUCCUUGCCUCUUGGCAUGUAGCAGCGAUGAGUUUCCCUGCCACAGGAGCAGAAUGACCUCUAAAAUCCAUCAGCGUGCCAGUCCUUGUUCCUAGGAGCAGUCUGAAAAUAUUGCUGGGAGCGGUUCGUUUUCUAUAUUUUUUCAUUGAAACCAAUUGGAGUAGCAGCAGCCCAUCACAUGUAUGCUAUAUGAACACUGAUGUCUUGUUAGCAUACAUGUGAUUGGCAGCAAGAAGUUUACGUGCUAAUACUUACUGGUUUCAGUAGUCUAUGGUCUGACACUCUGCAGUACACAGUGUUAAAGUUCUGUACAGAUGUUUUAUGAUGAAUGGGUUAAUGGAAAAA